AUGUCGUCUCCCGCAACUACCCCACAGGUGGAGACUCCCAAUGGCAAUGGCGUGAGCUUGCCUAGUCGCCCUCAGCCUAAGCUCUUUGCGAGCCAGGAUGGAAGCUCUGGCACCGGCACCCCCAUCGGUUUCCAGCGCUUUCCCCCCACAACAAGCACUUAG